UGAGGAAGUCGUGUAUUAGAUCGGGGGAUGAAGAGCCCGUGUUUGUUCUAAUCGUGCGCCGCAAGAGUUCAGGAAGCGUCAAUAAAACCAUCCAGAUACUAAACACACAGUCCCUCGCGCGCACUUAUCGGGACUGUGACACGUGCGCGGCUGGAUCAGGACACUUUUGCAUUAUGCAUUCGGACUGCAGGCUGCUGGGAUGGACGCGUCGGUAAUGGUGGGCAGAGGGACCGGAGGGGCUGCGGUCUUCAUCCUGAUCGUCUUCAUCGUACUCCUCGGUGCCAGAAGCUCGCGGGCGCAGAAGGGGGACGGGUGUGGACACACUGUGUUGGGUGUGGGCAGUGGGAGCCUGGCGUCAUUGGGGUACCCUCUGUCCUAUCCCUCGCACUCUGUGUGUGAGUGGGAAAUCAGCGUGACCGCUGGACACACGGUCCUUGUGCACAUUGCGGAUCUUGAUAUCGAUACAAACAACUGCCAGGUCUCUUACCUGCGACUUUAUAAUGGCAUCGGACCAGGACGAACGGAAAUUGUGAAGUUUUGUGGAGGGAGAGAAUGGAGAGAUGCUGUCAUAGAGUCGAAAGGGCAUCAGGUCACAGUUCAGUUCAUGAGUGGACCACACAACAACGGCCGUGGCAUCUUCCUCUCAUACACCAGUAGUCAGCACACAGACCUCAUCACCUGUCUGGAGAAAGGAGAGCACUUCAGUGAAGCGGAGUUCAGUAAAUUCUGUCCUGCUGGAUGCCUGACUGAUUUCGGAGAGGUUUCGGGAACCAUACCACACGGAUACAAAGACUCUUCUCCACUCUGUCUGGCCGGUAUUCAUGCGGGUGUGGUCUCCAACACUCUGGGGGGGCAAAUCAGUGUGGUCAGCAGCAAAGGCAUCCCACACUAUGAAAGCUCACUGGCUAACAAUGUGACAUCUGUGCCUGGAAAUCUCUCCCCCAGCCUUUUUACUUUCAAGACUAGCGGUUGCUAUGGCACUCUGGGUUUGGAGUCAGGGGUGGUCAGCGACUCUCAGAUCACAGCCUCGUCGGAGUGGGAAUGGGGCGGUCACGGAAAGGAGCCCACCGUCUGGGCCCCCACAGGGGCCCGCCUCAAAACACCGGGACGCCCGUGGGCAGCAGCCAACAGCGACACAAAAGAAUGGAUUCAAGUGGACCUGAAGAAAGAGAAAAAAAUAACAGGUAUUAUGACCACUGGCUCCACCCUCCCAGAAUAUCAGUUUUACAUUUCGUCCUAUGAGGUGUUAUAUAGCCAUAAUGGACAGCAAUGGAAACCCUAUCAAGAAGUGAAAUCAAAUAAAAACAAGAUUUUCCAAGGCAACACCAACUAUUUCCAGGAAGUACGGAACAACUUUAUUCCUCCAAUUGAAGCACGGUUUAUCAGAAUAUGUCCCUUCCAGUGGCACCAGAGGAUUGCUCUUAAAAUGGAGCUGCUGGGCUGCCAGCCGCAUGCAGGUGAGACUAAUCUGAGAAAUCUGUCUCCGAUUUGGCCAAGUAGCUGUGCUAAACAUGAUUGGAUCUCUUUCUGUUGGUCAGCGAGGCCAAGAAUCUUCCAUCCAGCCCCUCCUCCCCCUCGCAGAAAAAGCACAGUGCCCCCUCUGCAGGAGAGGACGACACACACGCCCAACAUCCGAAACACCACCAUGCCUCCGCACUCUCACGAUGAGGUGGCACUGGUGGCAGUGUUGGUCCCUGUAUUAGUUCUGGUUCUGACAACCCCGGUGUUAGUGAUGGUGUGCUCGUGGCUGUGGAAGAACAGAAAAAGCCCAGAGGUGACUUAUGAACUUCCGCACUGGGAACGCACAGUGUGGUGGAAGAGUAUGAAACAGCUGUUGCCCUCUAAGCUGGAUGGAGACGACUGUGUUCGUUACAGUUCCACAGCCCGAGUGGACCACCAGAGACCCCGAGUGGAGCCUGCUGAAUACGCCCAACCGCUUGUCACCGGUACCAUGGCCUCUCUCGGACAAAGGUCAACGUUUAAACCUGAAGAGGGCGAUGCCCCCGAGUAUGAUGCACCUAUUCCACCGGAACAUUACCAUGCUUACGCUGAGCCCCUUCCUGCUUCUGGCACUGAAUAUGCUACGCCAAUCAUGAUCGACAGGGCAAACCACCUAUCAGGAGGCACUCUACCAUUCAGGGGCCGUGGUUUAGUGGCUCGGACAGACAGCAGCCAAUCAGCAAGCUCAGCCUAUGACACACCCAAGAGCACAUCUGAUAAAGCCACACCCACAGAAGGACAGUUGUACCAAGUACCACAGAAUACCCACAAUGCACCGUGUCAGAAAAUAGACUGAACAAUCACAGAAGAGUGGACCCUUUUGGAAACCCUCGGCUGAACACUACCUUUCCUAGAAAUCUGCAGAUCAGAAUGUUCCGCUCCUAGCCAUCUCAAAUUGUACGCCUCGCAAGUCCUAUCACUGAAAUAACACAAAGGAAUGUCAGGAGAGAGAGAACAGCAGAGAUCUCGUUACACUACUGUGUUUGGUGGGUGUUUUGUGUGUUCAUGCGUCUAAAUGUGUGUGUACGAGUGCAUAUAUGUGACUAUGCUCUGCUAUCAAACUGUGAGUCUUUAGAUAUCUGUGCAUUUUUCUGAGAGUGGAGAUGUAUUCAUCUCGAUCGCUCAUUGUAAGGCACAUUUUUUCCCCCUUAGGCAAAGAUAUUUUCAUCAAAACCACCCUUGUGCAGAAUAACAAAUGAUCGAAUUUCAAAUUAAUCGACAAACACUCUCAUAACACUGUGAUUCACUGUCA